AUUAAUAUAAUACUGAAUAAUUAUUACUAUUAUUUUAAGUGUUUGAUUGUUUUAUACUUUAGCAAUGUAUUUGUCAUAUGGUAGCUUCCUUUAUUCCUGCAAAGUUUAUUUUACACAGUUGUUUCUCUGUUUUGAUAAUCCUUUAAUGGAUUUGACUAAAAACUAUAUUAAAUUAUGUUAUACUGUAAUAUAUGUUAAGUUUAUGAGAUGAUUUAGUAAUGAAUUAUUGGUUUAGACGGCUUUAUGUCAAGUGUUUAUCUUUGUUGACUGAUUUACUAAGGUUACAUUAUUGUUAAAUUAGAAGAUUGUACACAGAGGAAAAGAGAAUUUGGUGGUAAAUAUUGUUUUAUCAUCUGUAGAUAAUGCUUUCAUGUAAGUGUAAUCAAUAGGUGUUUGACUUCAUGCAGCGCUGUGUGAUCCGAUCAGAGUUUGACUUGAAGCAGUGCAUGUCGGUUAGAAAUGUUGUGUGACUUAAGAUGGCGUCAGUGCUGCGUCACUGUGACAUAUGCCAUUAAAGUACCUUGUGUGCGAUUCAAGAGCAGCUGGUUGGCACUGCCAAUGCAGCUUUUCCAGUGUGGCUGCAAGAGCUCUGACGAUGUCACAACUUAUUCGAGAUUGGCCAGAAUCACAGAUGACAACGGUAAUGUGUGUUUCAUGGGAUGCGAUACAUACUACUUUUACUACUUCAGCUAUGUCAGUGUGUGGCAGAAAUAAGAGUAGUAUGGUGGUAUGCCAUUACCAAGGUUUUUAUUAUAACAUCUCCAGUGCCACUAAACUCUCACUAAUUCAUGUUUUUAUAACAGUACAUUGUUUAUCUCCUAUUAUAAUAUGUUUUUCAUAGUAAUAUCAUGUUUAUUCAUAAAAACAAUUAAAAAUGACUAAAAAUAUGAACUCUUUCUUGGUAUCAAAAUAAAUAGACUUUUAUUGGGCUGUCUCUUGUACACACAGCAGGCGCUGUAUUAAGAAGAACUCAAUCUUUUCAAAUCAGUAAUGUUUUCGUUUUCUUUAUGUAAAUUUCAAUCCUGAGUUCUGAUUUCCACUUCAUCUGUAAUAAACAAAGCAAUCAUCGUGGGAUCUUCUGUGACUAAUGUGGGUUCAGCACACGUUGUGAAACAGAAUGUGUCUGGCUUGACGGCUCCGUUUUCAACUCCUCCCGUGACUACAACUGGUAAAUCUCACAGAUCGUCUGAUGGGAUGCAAUCUGACAGAGAAAAGUUGUUCAGCACUGGCUUCAGUUCUCAGCUCAAACUCCUCAAGUCUGAGAGAGCUGGACCUGAGUAACAAUGACCUGCAUGAUUCAGGAGUGAAGCUGCUCUCUGUUGCAUUGAAGAGUCCUCACUGUACACUGGAAAUACUGAGAUGUGCAGCUUGUAGAUUCACUGGUCAGUGCUGUGAAAGUUUGUCUUCAUUUCUACAAUCAUCAAAAUCCCUGAGAGAGCUGGACCUGAGUAACAAUGACCUGCAGGAUUCAGGAGUGAAGCUGCUCACUGAUGCACUGAAGAGUCCUCAAUGUACUUUGGAAAUACUGAGAUUAUCUGGCUGUAUGGUGACAGAGGAAGGCUGCUGUUCUGUGGCAUCAGCUCUGAGAUCAAAUCUCUCACGCCUGAAAGAGCUGGAUCUGAGCUACAAUCACCCAGGAGAAUCAGGAGUCAAGCUGCUCUCUGAAAGACUCAACGAUCCAAACUGCACACUGGACAAACUUAAUGUGGAUCAUGGAGGAGAGUUCAGGAUUACAGCAGGACCAUGCAAAUGGGUCUGUGAUCUCACACUGGAUUCAAACACAGUAAACACUGAACUCAUUCUGUCUGAGGGGAACAGGAAGGUGACACGUGUGAAAGAGCGUCAGUCAUAUCCUGAUCAUCCAGAGAGAUUUGAGCUAUAUCCUCAGAUUCUGUGUAGAGAGAGUCUGACUGGACGCUGUUACUGGGAGACUCAAUGGAGUGGAGCUGCUUAUAUAUCAGUGUCAUAUAAAGAAAUCAGCAGGAAAGGAGAGAGUCGUGACUGUAUGCUUGGACUCAAUGUAAACUCCUGGAGUCUGUUCUACUCUAAUAACACAUUCACUGUCUGUCACAAUAAUAACAGCACUGACAUUCGUCCCCCUUCACACGACUGUAAGAGAGUAGGAGUGUAUGUGGACUGUCCGGCUGGCACUCUGUCCUUCUACAGCGUCUCUGACACACACACACUCACACACUUACACACAUUCAUCACCACAUUCACUCGACCCCUCUAUGCUGGAUUUAGAGUAGUUUUUCUUGAUUCCUCAGUGUGUCUGUGUGAAACUGAUCAUCAGAGACACACACACACAACUGGAUGAGUGAAAUAUACUCACUGUAUCUCACAUCAACACAACUCCAAACUCUUUCUAGAAAUCAUUUCAUCAAAUAAACUGAUUGAAUUCAAUACAAUGACAG